UGAACUUGUGUGUUUCUAGCUAUUGUAACCUUCCUGCUUUGGGCAAACUAACCACUCUCAGGCUUUUUUUUUUUACCUUUUUAAGAAAUAAAAUGUAUAACAAAGGGCUCUCUAAUUCUAUUUCAACUCUCCUUGUCCAGGAACUGUUAUAAAUCUUUUUUUUUUACCCAUUUUCCCCAAUUGAGAUAAUUUCUUAGGGUUACAUAGCAAUGUCUAAUGAUGUCUUACACUAAGUAGGUGGUUAAAAGUGCUUAUUGAUUUAGUAAAUAAUUUUGCCUCCUUUAGGAAAAGAGUCCCUUGUCUAAAUGAACUGGCAAAAUGAGAGCUUCGUGGCUACAUUCAUCCUCACAGGGAUUCCCCAUGCACAAGACCUUGGCACCAUGCUAUUUGGAAUCUUCUUAGUGAUUUAUGUACUGACUUUGGUGGGGAACCUCCUCAUCUUGCUGGUGAUCAAGAUAGACUCCCACCUCCGAACUCCCAUGUACUAUUUCCUGGCUAAUCUCUCCUUCAUUGACAUGUGGUUCUCCACUGUCACUGUGCCCAAGAUAUUGAUGACUCUCAUCUCCACAGAUGGUGGAGCCAUCUCAUUUCAUGGCUGUGUGGCCCAACUCUACUUCUUCUAUGCUUUGGCAAACACUGAGUGUUUCCUCUUUGUCCUCAUGUCCUAUGACCGCUAUUUGGCCAUCACUUAUCCCCUGCGCUAUACUACCAUGAUGAGUGGGAAAACAUGUGCUAUUCUAGCUGGAGGCACAUGGCUUAGUGGUAUCAUUCACUCAACAGCUGAGACAACUCUGACCUUCCGCCUGCCCUACUGUGGUCCCAGUCAGAUUGAGCAUUACCUUUGUGAUGCACCACCCAUUCUCAAAUUAGCCUGUGCAGAUACCUCAGUCAAUGAGAUGGUGAUCUUUGUCAACAUUGGGGUGAUUGGUUCUGGAUGUUGUUUUUUGAUAUUCCUCUCCUAUGUGUCCAUUGUUCGUGCAAUCCUGAAAAUUCGCACAGCAGAAGGUAGACACAAAGCCUUCCAGACCUGUGCUUCUCAUUGCAUUGUAGUCCUCUGUUUCUUUGGACCUGGACUUAUCAUUUAUCUAAGACCAGGCUCAAAACAUGUUAUGGAUAGGAUUAUAGCAAUUUUCCAAAUAGUGAUCACACCUCUGAUGAACCCUCUAGUAUACACACUGAGGAACAAGGAGGUUAAAAUGGCUUUGCUCCGGCUAAAAGAUCAAGGGAAAUAUGUGUAGACUGUAACCACUGGAAUAACAUCACCUUUUUUUUAGUAGAAAGUAAUUGAUU